CACAGUUUGAGUUUUUGAAGUAGUAGUAGAAGAAGAAGAAUACCACUCCAUUUAUAUACAAAAGCUCUCUCUGUCUCUCUCUCUUUGUGAUGAAUGAAUUGAAGUUCAUCAGCAGCCUCCACAAACACAAAGAGAUAACAAUGAAGAACAGGCAGAAUAAAUUGGAGAGAAAUCUCAUUUCAUCAACCCCUAAAUGGGUUGUUGCUGCUGUAAUUUGCUUCUCUUUCUGUGCCAUUUGGAUGCUUUUCAACCACAGGUGGGGGGCUGCUGUAGAUUCAAAUGAGCAAACAUCUCUUCGAAGACGUCAACAGCAGUUGCGACCGAACCCUCCUGAUGAUCAUAACUGUUCAAGCAAGGCCAAGGAGAGGGCAGAAGAAUUGUUGAGAACUUAUAAGGAAGCUGAAGAAGCCAUCAAGGCACUGGACAUUUCAAUAGGUAAACUAAGGGGGGAACUUCCGUCAGCCACUAUUCAGAAUGACCAUACGGGAGAGAAAUCAUCUGAAAGAAAUGUAUCUGCAAAAUUAGCUAACACCAAGAACACUAAGGAAAAGGCGUUCAUGGUGAUUGGCAUAAACACUGCGUUUAGUAGCAGAAAAAGGCGUGAUUCACUUCGAGAAACCUGGAUGCCUCAAGGUGAAGAGCUGCGAAAAUUAGAGCGAGAAAAGGGAAUAGUGAUUCGGUUCAUGAUAGGCCACAGUGCAACAUCAGAUAGCAUUCUGGACCUCGCAAUUGAUCUGGAGAAUGAACAACAUAACGACAUUCUUAGACUAGAACAUGUUGAAGGAUAUCACGAGUUAACUGCAAAGACGAAAUCAUUCAUUUCUACUGCAGCUGCCAAAUGGGAUGCUGAUUUCUAUGUGAAGGUUGAUGAUGAUGUUCAUGUAAACCUAGGCACGUUGGCUGCUACACUAGCGAGUCACCGGUCAAAGCCUCGGGUCUAUAUAGGUUGUAUGAAAUCAGGACCGGUUCUUUCCCGGAAGGAAUCAAAAUACCACGAACCUGAGUACUGGAAAUUUGGAGAAGCGGGAAACAAGUACUUUAGACAUGCAACCGGACAGAUUUACGCCAUCUCUCGUGAUCUCGCGGCUUACAUUUCCGGCAACCUACCAAUCUUGCAUAAAUAUGCAAACGAAGACGUUUCACUUGGAGCUUGGCUCAUUGGUCUUGAAGUUGAACACGUUAAUGACCAUAGUAUGUGUUGUAGAACUUCUCAAGAAUGUGAAUGGAAAAAGCAAGCAGGGAGCACUUGUGCAGCAUCAUUUGAUUGGACGUGCAGUGGGAUUUGCAGAUCGGUUGAGAGAAUCAAAGGUAUCCAUACCAGAUGUGGUGAAGAUCCUUCAACCAUUUGGAAUGUUGUUUUGUGACCCUAAUAUCGUUCAAACCAUAAUUAUCGCCAUCAAAAUACAUUUGUUUUCGACGAGAAAAUAUCGUUGAAUAUUUUUUAAGGUUUAUUUUAUUUUAUUUAUACAUUUAAGGAUCUCCUAAUUUGUGGCAGAAAUUAUGUCAAAUGAUAUCGGAGGUAAAAAAAAAAAGAACAAAAUUAUUUUUGUUUAUCGUGAUUAAAUAUUGUGGAUAAAUAUCUUCU